AUGAUCUUUAGAAAGGGUGAUAAAGAAAAUCCAGAGAACUACAGGGGCAUCGCCCUUGUGAACACAUCCACUAAGCUAUUCACAGAAAUCAUGAGGAGGAGACUGGAACCCUGGGUUGAGGCAAACAGACUUUUACCGGAAUCGCAGCAUGGCUGCUGGAGGGGACGGAGCUGCACUGACGCCAUAUUUUGUUUGCUCUCGGCUAACCAUCUUCAGCUAAGACUCCCCAGAAGAGAAGUACACGCUGUAUUUGUAGAUUUCGGUCGUGCACUCGAUAGUAUCCCGCACGAAAAACUUUGGUUGAAACUCAGAGACGUUGGUGUCAGCUCCAAGGUAAUCAACAUCUUACGAUCACUCUAUUCCCAGGCGAGUGUUAGAGUACGUAGUGGAGGGCUUCUUUCAGAGGCUUUCCAAGUCACCGAAGGUAUCCUCCAGGGGGAGACCCUCAGUCCACUUCUCUUCCUCCUGUAUUGUUCUGAUUUUGAAAACUCCUUUCGGGAGAGAGGUCACAUUGGACUCAAUGUUGAGGGCUACACGGAUAUUCUGAUGCAACUCUUCGCGGAUGACACAGUGCUCCUGACAGAUACCCAUAUCAGGUUACGAGCAAUCCUGGACACGCUCAGUGAAUAUUGCUCUAUAAAAGGGCUCUCAGUUAACACGAUGAAAACAAAAAUCCUGACUUUCAAAGCUGCAGGUCGCCACAAACAAAUUAAUCCUCGCUUUACCAUGUUCAGAGGCACUGCUUUGGAAGUGGUUUCCUCCUAUACCUACCUUGGAGUGCUUUUAUCGAGCUCAGCUAGAUCUAACAUACCUAUUCAAGCAGCUAUUGGCAGAGCCAGAACAGCCUCUUUCAACACACUAAAUCUCCUUUAUAAAUCGAAGUGUGACAAGUGGGACUCCUUCAGGAGAUUGUUUGAGAGUCUGGUGACCUCGACACUCUUCUAUGCCAUACCAGCGUGGGGCAUUGGUAGUCUGGUUGAAAUCGAGGUAAUUCAGACCGAAUUUCUCAAACAUCUCCCAAGGUUACCCAGGAACAUGCCCAAUUGGGCAGUUCGUUUGGAAGCUGGGGUCAUCAAACUAGCCUCUAAGGCCAUGCGUUUAAUCUGGAAUUGGUUUAUCGGAGUCCUGAUGAUGGAUGCAACUCGUCACCCCAGAAUCUGUAUGCUGCGACUUAUUGAGCUCUCCAGGAAUAUUGACGAGACCUCGGCCUACAACUGGGUGUCCUCCUUCAGAGCAUCCCUGCGGUCAGUGGAUGCUGAAGACCUUGUGGAUUCUCUGAACCCAACAGUGUGGAUCGAUCGCACGGACGAGGUCUUCACAAGAUACGAGAUGCUUCUCCUUCAAGAGGACUUCGCUAGCUACGAAAACUCAACGUCUUCCCAGCUGACACUACCCAGAUCCCUGAGGGACACCCCUGCCUUCUAUCUUCGCCUACGCCUUCCCAUGGCCCUCAAACGGUUCAUUGCUCAAUUGAGACUGGCCAACAACUUGUUCUGCACCUUUACCUUCAAAAAUGGUUCCUCAAAAAUUUUUCCCCCCAACUUUGCCCCUACUGUACAUCCCUCCAGAUCUCUAACUACGAAUCGAUCACACAUAUCCUCCUAA